UUAUUGAAAUUGUAACAAUUGUUCUAAUGUAAAUAUUAAUAAACUUUUCUUAGGUAUAACAUCAAGUACCAAUAAUGGAUCUAUGGUGGUUCACAAUCGUUAUGAUGAAAUUGAAGGCGGUGGCUUCUUGGCAACACCACAGCUUACUGAUAAGAAUCCUACAAUGAGCCGAAGUGUUGGAUAUUCAUAUCCCUCUUUACCACCUGGUUAUCAGAACACACAACCACCUAGUACAUCCGGAAUGCCAACCUCUUCCUUGAGCUACCCAAGUGGGCCACAGGCCUUUACCCAGAAUUCCUUAGGUGCUAAUCAUUUAACUGCAAGCAUGAGUGGAUUGAGUCUACAUCCAGAUGGGCUAAGAGUUAUUAACCUUCUUCAUGAGAGAAACAUGCUUCCGUCAACACCUUUGCAGCCUCCGGUUCCAAAUUUGCAUGAAGAUAUCCAGAGACUCAACUGUAACCCAGAGUUAUUUCGAUGUACAUUGACUAGCAUUCCUCAGACUCAGGCCUUACUAAAUAAAGCCAAACUUCCGUUAGGACUGCUGCUUCAUCCUUUCAAAGACCUAAUGCAAUUGCCUGUGGUUACCUCCAGUACAAUUGUGAGAUGCCGUUCAUGCAGGACAUACAUCAACCCUUUUGUCAGCUUUCUUGAUCAAAGGAGAUGGAAGUGUAACUUAUGUUACCAAGUCAAUGAUGUUCCUGAAGAAUUCAUGUACAACCCUUUGACCAGAGCCUAUGGAGAACCUCACAGAAGACCUGAAGUUCAAAAUGCUACAAUUGAGUUUAUGGCUCCUUCAGAAUACAUGUUACGACCACCUCAACCUCCAGUGUACCUCUUUGUGUUUGAUGUGUCUCACAAUGCAAUUGAAACUGGAUACUUGAAUUCAGUUUGCCAGAGUUUGUUAGACAAUCUGGAUUUGCUUCCUGGCAACACUAGGACAAAAAUUGGCUUCAUAACAUUUGAUAGUACAAUCCACUUCUACAGUCUUCAAGAAGGUCUCUCUCAACCUCAGAUGCUAAUAGUUUCAGAUAUUGAAGAUAUUUUUAUACCUAUGCCGGAGAACUUAUUAGUAAAUUUAAAUGAAAGUAAAGAGCUUGUCCAAGAUUUACUGAAAAGUUUGCCACAAAUGUUCGCCAAGACUCUGGAGACCCAGAGUGCCUUGGGUCCUGCACUUCAGGCUGCCUUUAAGCUGAUGUCCCCAACUGGUGGUCGAAUGUCUGUCUUUCAAACACAACUCCCAAAUCUUGGAGUAGGAGCCCUGAAACCACGAGAGGAACCCAACCAAAGGUCAUCUGCUAAGGAAAUUCACUUGACACCAUCCACUGACUUCUAUAAGAAAUUAGCUUUGGACUGUUCUGGUCAGCAGGUCGCUGUUGACUUAUUCCUUCUCAGUGGGCAGUAUUCUGAUUUGGCUUCUUUGGGUUGUAUUUCUCGGUAUUCAGCAGGUAGUGUCUAUUAUUAUCCCUCUUACCACCAUCAGCACAACCCAGUCCAAGUACAGAAAUUACAGAAGGAGCUACACAGAUACCUCACUCGGAAGAUUGGUUUUGAGGCAGUCAUGAGGAUUCGGUGCACCAAAGGUCUUUCCAUUCAUACUUUCCAUGGGAACUUCUUUGUUCGGUCAACAGACUUACUGUCUUUGCCCAAUGUAAAUCCAGAUGCUGGAUAUGCAGUACAGAUGUCAGUGGAAGAGAGUCUUACUGACACUCAGUUGGUUUCCUUUCAGUCAGCACUUUUGUAUACGUCCAGCAAAGGUGAAAGAAGAAUUCGUGUUCAUACUUUGUGUUUGCCAGUAGUUUCAAAUCUGAAUGAAGUCUUUCUCGGAGCUGAUGUUCAAGCAAUUUCAGGGCUAUUGGCCAAUAUGGCUGUUGACAGGUCUGUGACUGCCAGUCUGAGUGAUGCUCGGGAUGCCCUAGUGAAUGCCGUCAUAGACUCUCUCUCAGCUUACCGCUCUUCAGUCCUAAGUAACCACCAGCCCGGACUCAUGGUUCCCUUUUCGUUGCGGCUUUUUCCACUCUUUGUGUUGGCUCUCCUUAAACAGAAAUCAUUCCAGACUGGGACAAAUGCACGUCUAGAUGAACGCAUUUUUGCUAUGUGUCAAGUGAAAAACCAGCCCUUGGUUUACCUUAUGCUCACAACUCAUCCCAAUUUGUAUAGAGUUGACAAUCUUUCAGAUGAGGGAGCACUCAACAUCAACGAUCGAACUAUACCUCAGCCGCCUAUUCUUCAGCUUUCAGUGGAGAAGCUGAGCAGGGAUGGAGCUUUUCUCAUGGAUGCAGGCUCUGUACUGAUGCUUUGGAUUGGAAAAAAUUGUGGACAGAAUUUUCUCAGCCAAGUUCUAGGAGUUCAAAGCUAUGCAUCAAUUCCACAGACUAUGACAGACCUUCCGGACCUUGAUACCCCAGAAUCUGCCAGAACAAUAGCUUUCAUAUCUUGGCUUAGAGAACAAAGACCAUUUUUCCCAAUACUUUAUAUAAUAAGGGAUGAGAGUCCAAUGAAAGCAAAUUUCCUUCAAAACAUGGUAGAGGACAGAACAGAAUCUGCAUUUUCAUAUUAUGAAUUCCUCUUGCAUAUACAACAGCAAGUGAAUAAAUGAACCAAUGAAGAUAUUUGACUCAGUUAUUUCUAAGGAAAGUCACAAUAAUGCAGAACACCUGAGAAUGUGUAAUACCUUCCUUUCUAUUAGGUUUGUGGACUGAUGUGAUGAUUAUAUGUUCUCACUGUGAUUUCAACAAACUAUAGCAAAUAAAGGACCACAGCAGAGAAUCAAACAUGCAACUCUGAAAUACUGUAUUUUUCAAAUCAAAAUAUAUCUGCAUAUGAUUAGACACCUUUUUUCUUUGCUGCCAAUUAUGUUUGAGUUGUUACGGAUUGAAAUAAGAUGAGACAAUAUUGCAGAGGCAAAGUAAAUUUUGUAAAAUAAAGACUUCUGUGUUCCAAAUAUAUAUUUCUCUUUUUUUUUUCCUGAAUUUUUGGCUGCUACAUUUAAAACCUCACAAGACUAAGUGUUGCAGGGAAAUUAUAAAUCCGUUGAUAAUGAUCUUCCUUAAAUUAAAAAAAAAUUUUCGUAAGUAAAUAGUAUAUAGAAAGACUAGAAUCCAUUCCCCCAUACCUGUUUUUUAACUAAACUAAAACUAGAGUAAACUAACUCUGGUCUAGCUUAAGAAGAAGAAAUAACUGUCACGCUUUAAAAUCUGUCAGUAUUCUCUAUACUUGAACAAAAUCACCGUGAUUUUAAAUGAAAACUAAGUCAUUUUCUGAUUGACUGCAAAAGACUGGGACACACUAUCUUCUGCAGUGAAAUGAAUCUGAGCUGUCUUCAUUAAAUACGUGGGGACUGGCAAUGAUAAAGGGAGAUGAACCUUUGAGUGGGUUUUGUUUGUCUGCUCUGUGAAAUGUAAUAAAGGUGUUAUAAUUGGUGAAAUGAAUAUGAAUGAAAUCAAAGUAUUCUUAAAUGCUGUCUCAAAUGCAUCAGGAUCAUUUUUCUAAGGAGUUUAAUAAUUAAAUUGAAAGCCGCUCAUAAGAUGUUUAUUCUUGGAUAGUAAACCUUAUUAAAGCAUGAAUGCUGCUGUUUGAUUUGAUGGAUAUUAAGAUUACACAUAUCCAGUAUAUUGAAGUUUAAGAAAAACUUGAUUUCUGAACAUGCUCAAGAGACUGUUUUUUUGAUUCAGCCAGAUUAAUACUAUAGUCAAAACCAUUAAGUGAAUUUUGUUUACAAAUAGGUAAAUUAUACAUUUGUAUAUUUAAAGUGCUGUGAUAGAAUAUCUUAAAAGAGUUUGGCCCAGUUUUCCCAAUUCAUCUUGUCUUGUAUGAACUUCUUAAAGACGUUCAUGUGUAAUACUUGAUGAAAAGAUUUUUGUUUCUUUGUUUUAAUGGGUUAGAAAAAUGUGUUUACAAUCUUGGUCUCAUAUGAUCACCAAUACAAUAAUAACUAUCAGGUUUACAGCAAUAUGAGCUGACUUUAACUGAGUUGUUUUGGGAUAGGGAAGAAGCAAGUCCCACUAGAGUAUACACUACUGUUUAUCAGCCGGACAAGAAUAAUUGUUUGUGUUUUAUAAAGAUAUCAUCUCCCUUAAGCAGUGUUAUAGUUUAUUUUCAGUAUGCAAGUGGUACAUUGAACUGGAAAUAUUCUUGAAAGCUGCUUCAUUUAUUAGGAAGCAAUUUUCAAAGUGUAGCAAAUUAAAAUAAAUUUACAUUUUCCCUCUUUUAAAGAAACUGAGUCAUUAUUAUGCACUGAUGUUUCUUAACUAAAAUUCUCUUCUUAAUGUGAAUUUUAAAUGUUGAUAUUUGUAAGUCCUUUCUUAAUUAUUGUAAAGAAUCUUACAGAGGGAAAAGUUUGUGCUCCUAGGGACAAUAAUCUUUCUUGUGCCUCACUUUAUCCCUAAGUGGGUAUGGCUGUUGUUACUACUACAUGCUUUGUUAGUAUAUUUCACAAAUUUGCUUUUCAAAAUUUACUUUAAAAACUUAUUUUAGAUAUUGUGUAACAUGUGCAAUCUAGAAUAAUUUUAUAAUAGUCAAGUCAUAAAAAACGUAACUUUAGUUAGGAUUCACAUUUUUUUGUUCUCUGGAAAAUGAGGCAAUGAUUGAACCUUUUGGAGAUAUUGAUAAUUAAGAAUUAUUUUUUGCAAUAUUGAACAUGGUGGGAGUGUUUUUUUGUUUUUUUUUUUUGUUUUGUUUUGCAGUAGGGCACUUAUCUCAUCUUGUAUUACUUUUUUAUGUAAAGCAACUAAUAUUUACACUAUGCCAUAUUUUUUUUAUCGUAGUUGUAAAUUAUGAAAGAUCCUUGAAUUUUCUACAGAUCUACAACUACUAAAGUGACAAAGGGCAAUCUUGGUAUUUAAAUCUGAGCAUGGCAAUUAUACCAUAAAAAAGUACUCUAUUUUUCUAAUUUCUAGGAUUUUUAAAAUAACAUUUCUGUAAGUCUGACAUUAAUAUUCACUCAAGCUGUACCAUUUAUUUUAGUUUGCAUAUUUCAUUGUUUUAAUUUAAUGUAUUGUCUAAUAGACUGUUUUAUAAUAAUUAGAAUAAAAGAUUUAUUCUACUCAAAGAUGCAAAACAGCUAUUAUCUAGGGGACCACCAAAUGUGAUUUCAAGAUUUUGUUAACUAUUACAAAUAUAAUCCUUAUAUAGAAAUUUUAAUUUUGUAAAGUAGUGUAUAAUAUUGUAACAUUAAAUUCUUGUUCUCAAAUUCAAAUAUGUGUUAUCUUCAACGUGCUGUGUUAAAUCUUGUUUCUCUAAAAUGUUAGAGACAAGAUUUGUCUUCCUUUUUACAGUUUGUAAUUUUCACUGUUUUAUUCCUGUAAAAAAAAAAAAAGUCAUUUGUAACCCAUGCAGUCGUUUGAACUGUGCUAAUUUAAUCAAUUUGGCUAUUCAAUAAAGUUAAUUGAAAGAGCUUA